UUCCAUCACAUUCCAUUCAGGUUGGAGUGGUUGUUCAGGGUUGUCGCUCCUAAGGAAAUCAUCCCACAAGAUGUUGUCCAAGUCUCCUCAGACAGUGUCAUUGAUACCAAAAAGAUCACCCAAGUCGUCCAUUGCUGUUGUACUUGUUGUUGUCUUGUAGUCUGCUGUCUGCUGUCUGCUGUCUGAGGAUCUCAGAGAAGGGUGGUUCUCCCCCCCCUUAUGUACCUUCCAAGAGAUAGGGCUGAAAUCAACGUAGGUUGAAGACGUAGCUAGUCUUCACAUAUGGCUCACUCUCACUCUCAGCAGAGUUUGAGUUUGAUUGCAUGUGUAUCUCAUCCUAUGAUGUCCGCGUCCGACGUUUCGAUUUUCCCACGAUAUCUCAAGCGUAUGACGUCGUACGGCAAUGGGAGUAGUACCAUUCGAUUUGUCUCACUCAGGCGCAUCGAUUGCACUCUUUCCCGUCUCCGUAGCGUCCAAUUUGAAAAAACCCGUGAACGUUUGUAUAGUACUGAUCCAGGCGUCAGAUCACUGAAACGAUUUUGUAAUCGUAAUCGUAUGGUUUUGUUAUGCGUUUUCACCAAUCCUCAGCUCGAUCCGACCUUAUCUGAGGUAUUUUCAUUGUUGUGCUGCUGAGG